CAGCAUUGAAGAACCCCACAAAUAAGAUUAUACCAUUUUAAACAUUACUUAGCCAUAUAAAUCAUUACAAUGUUUGGUAGUUUUCGCUUUAGCUGUGCGCGCUCCCGCGAGCGGGGAUGCAGUUCUUGGCGGGCAAGCAGAACUCCGUACAACACAUGCCCCCUGUAAUAUGUGCACGGAUUCGCGCAGAAGUUGAGUUGUAAACGAAGCGCGUGCACCUUUCAGCACCAGCACCUCGUGGAUAGCAGCCAAACGGAGCCGAGAGGGUAGUCGAUGCGGGUUAGCUUAGUUUUUUGUAACAAACCGGCGACUUAUCGGUUUGCAACACCAUACAACCGCUGCGAUCGCGGGAAAACUUCAUUGGUAGUUUUGAAUCGGCAAGUGGAAGAUAUAAAGCGGCACAGCUUGAGCUUUGUUUGCCCCGGCGGGCAAAUAGUGCCAAGAGCUGCAUCUCGGUUGAAAGAGACACGUUUCUGCAGGUAAACAUACCGUUUUUUCGGCUCGCUGCGCGGUCUGGAUUCAACUAACUGCGCCCCGGGAAGACUAAAUGGCUGCAAACGAAGGGAAACAAAGGUGAUAAAGAAGAGUAUUCAUCCUAGCCGGUUCGGUCCAGACAACGGUUGACCCGUGGUCCUGUUUUAGCCACAUCACAGUCUGCUCGCACCGCUAACCGCCGAGGUCUCCAUUGUGUGAGCGUCCCUGUGCUAUUCUACUGCCGCCCAAUCUUCGGUUCACUCGCUGCCACCACACACACCUGCCUCCACAGCUACAACUGUGUGUUUUAAGCCGGAUUUUUUGAAUCCACGCAUCUAAAAUGUGUUCUCGGGUUUGGUUCGUGACCGACCGGCGUAUCAGUCAGGAGUAUCCUCAAGUUCAGAUCCUCCGGGCACUGAAGGAGCGCUGCGCCGACGAGGAUGUUGAAUUCCGCUCUCUUCUCAUGGACCAAAUUGUGCUUACGAUCAGCGAGGGACAAUUAGGUCUGCGAGUGGAGCAGGAAUUGGUGACAUCUUAUCCGCAGGUGGUGGUGGUACGGGUGCCCACGCCCUGGGUGCAGUCAGAUAGUGACAUCACUGUGCUGCGCCACCUGGAGAAGAUGGGCUGCCGGCUGAUCAACCGGCCCCAGGCCAUACUUAACUGUGUCAACAAGUUCUGGACCUUUCAGGAGCUGGCUGGCCAUGGGGUGCCUCUUCCUGACACCUUCUCCUACGGAGGGCAUGACAACUUCCGUAAGAUGAUUGACGAGGCAGAGCCACUGGGCUAUCCUGUGGUGGUGAAGAAUGCACGUGGCCACAGAGGCAAGGCUGUGUUCCUGGCACGGGACAAACACCACCUGACAGAUCUGUGCCACUUGAUCCGCCACGAUACCCCCUACCUGUUUCAAGAGUAUGUCAAGGAGUCGCAUGGCCGUGAUGUGCGGGUGGUCCUGGUGGGCGGCCGUGUCAUCGGCUCAAUGCUACGCUGCUCCACUGAUGGUCGCAUGCAGAGCAACUGCUCCCUGGGUGGUGUAGGUAUGAUGUGCCCACUGAGUGAGCAGGGCAAGCAGCUGGCCAUAGAGGUGUCUAACAUCCUCGGCAUGGAUGUGUGUGGCAUUGAUCUCCUGCAGCUCAAUGAUGGCUCAUUUGUGGUCUGCGAGGCCAAUGCCAAUGUGGGCUUCAUCGCAUUCGACCAGGCCUGUGGCAUGGAUGUGGCAGGGAUUGUCGCAGACUACGCCUUGUCGAUGCUCCCCAGCCGCCUCACCCGUAAGAUGUCCCUACUGUCCGUUGUGUCGAGUACCAGUGAGACCAGCAGUGAGCCUGAGGUGUGCCCUGUGCCCGCUGGUGGCGGCUCGCUACCCGAGGCCGUCUGCAACAUGAGCGUGGGUUCUACUUCCAGCGAGAGUGACCCAGAGCUGGCCGAGCCCUCCCAGUCCUCACCCCGCCAGUCCACAGCCCCGACCCUGCCCGAUCUCCCUGACCUCCCUGAUCCAGCCUACAAUUUCAACACCCUCCUUGCCAAUGAGAUCAAGUUAUUGACUGAGUGAGAUCCAAGCAGCUUCAUGCACACACAAAUACAUAACACGCAUACGCACACCUGUACGCAUGGCAACAUACAUUCCUUUUAAAAACACAUAUCAGUCCAAAAACUAUUAAAACAUAGGAUGUUAAAUGCAAAAUCAAGAGCAGAGAAAAAACGAACACACAUACAGACACAAACAAAAAAAAAAGAAAUACAAACACCAAAACAGGAGCCUUCUCCUACUAACUCCCUUAAAAAAACAAAGAUCUGAGGCUGCUCCCCUGACUCUCCUCGCUUUGCCCCUCUACUCCCAAACUGCAAACCCCACUAUCCAAACCUAGCUUACACUGCAGCAUGGUGGGAUAGAGUGGGAUAUAAUACAUAAGAUAACUGCCAAAAAUGACCUCUCCUAGUUUCUUUUUUGCAAAAUAGUGAGGGUGACUAUGUUUUUUGGGUGGGUUUGGGAUUCCCAUGAAGGCAUACGAUGGCCAUAUUUUUAUCCUUAGAACACGAUAACAUUAUUUAAAGGAGAAUCUACAGUAUGUUGUCAAAAAAAGGGGGUUUCCUGCUGAGACUGUAGUCAGGUUUGGUGGGUUGUAGGCGAAAUGAAGUGUUUCUUUCAAGUGAUGAGCUCCUUGGGAGAGGAAUACAUCCUCAUGCUAGGCACAUUAUACUGUCAGUUCCAAUGUAGCAAUGUAGGGCACCUGUCAAGGACACAGAACAGGAUAUGGACCAUCCUGCAGCAACUGGAGAUGGAGGGAUUUCAUGUCAAAUGUACUGCUAUUCAUAAUUCAUGAGAGAUGAAUUCAUUACAUGACAAUAUGUCAUAUGUUGUAAAUCCAACUAAAACAGAUUGUAAACACUCUAAUUAAAAUCCAUAAAAUCCCAAUUUUGAAUCGCUGAUAUUGAAAUUUAGCUGGAGCUGCUACAUUCACAGUGAAUAAGAGGCUGAUGUUGUGGUGUCAGAAUGAUUCACCUUUCAUGAAUAAAUAAGAAUAUUAUUAAGCCAGAUUACAAACCUAUAGCACCAGAAAAAUCAUUCAGGGUGCUAACACGGUGUCCAUAAAUUAAUUCUCUGUUCACUGUGAAUGAAGCAGGCUAAUGGAAAUGUAAGCAAAACUGCCCUAACCUGUGCAAGGUAGUAGAAAUAACAUAAUAAGAGUCACAAUCUGGAAUAUAAAAAUGAAUUGAGUGCCAUUACUCGAUUUUUAAUUUUACAUUCCUAGAUAACUUGUUUGAUUCGCCUUGCCAGCAGCAGCAGUCUGCUGCUUUUUAAAAUUCAUUCAAUGUCUAGCACUUUAUGAUAAACAGAUGCAUUUGUUUUCUCGCUCAGAUGUCAUAUAUAAGAAACAUGAGACAGAGUUUGAAAGCUGCAUCUUCACCUGUGAACAAAAUAUACCUCAAAACAGUGACUUCUCACUGCCAUAGGAUGACAGAUAUUCAAACAUACAGUACAUAUCAGCCAGGAUCCUUGUGGUUUUCAAAUGGCCCCUGAUAUACCAGGUGUUCCUUCCCUUUAUGUCUAAGAGCUAAAAAGGUAGUUGUGUAAUAUUUUUAAUUUCUUCUUAGCUUUUUUGUAAAUAUUUAGGUAGUGAAUUAGCUUCAGUGCAUACUAGUGUCCAGCUGAUGAAACUGGAACGGCUGAAAUAACUGCCAACAUUGAAACCUUCAUAAGCUAUUGUGGACAAACCUGUUUGUACAGACCUGCAAUAUCGAAACGCUGAAACUGAAAUUUGGUGCUAAUAUUUCUGGAUUUGGUUAGAUGUGAUUUCUCAGUCAUAUGAUUUGUAGAUUUUACUUUUAUUGUUUUCGCCUUGUUUUUUAAUAAAAAUGAAGUAUCCUAACCCACAAAAUAUGUUGGCAUGAUGUACAAAUAAAAAAUGGAAACUAUAUUUUUGCAGUCUCUUUAAUUAGAAUGUUACUUUUUCUUUCCUUAGAAAAGAGGGAAAAAAUCAAGGGAUUUCAGUGGCUAAGAGCUCAUUGCUUACGGUUUUUGUUCCUGUUGAUUUACCUCCUGUACGCUUUCUGAAAUAACCAUCAACAUAGAGGUAGGGUACGCUGGGGUAAACGCCAUUCAUUAAGAAUAAUUUACAGCUCUGAUCAAAAGCACAAAUGUAAACCCUAAGUUGUUCCACGUAGUGACGUCGAUAUUUUUAGGCUCAUAACCCUUUCUGUUGAACACAACUCAGGGAAGCAGCCUGGAUCUCACCCCUGACCCCCAAAGGCACGACAUAUCCAUCCGAGAUAGAGACAUGUCAAAAACACAACACAUACCUAUAGGCAGACAAAAAGAUACAAUACAAACAACAAUGAAAAAAAGGUUGUAAACUACAGUAUAAGACAAUGUGGUGUAUACCAUGGUUAACAUGCACUUUUUUUCCUUGCUUGUUCCUUGUUUUCUUCCUAAUUUAUGGUAUUUUUAAAGAAAAAGUGGUUUGUGUGCACUAAUAUUGUCUCAAUAAAGUGAAACCGCUGUGAGGCUUGAUUUUAUUUUCCUUUUUUGUGGGCCGAAUUUACUAACUGACUGGAAUUUAAUGGACCUGCUUGAGGGUGCCAAAUCUAAACCCGCCAGACAACAGGAAAGGCAGCUUUUAUUUUAAGUCUGCUAUCAAGUGAUCACAGUGGCUCCACUGAGAGAAUAACACCAUUUACACUACUGUGAUGUUGUCUGGUAUCUAUAUAAUGAAAGUAUCUGACAAACAAACUGUGAAAUCCGCUGAUGUCCACUCUCCUGACAUGCAAGGGCCGGUGGGCUUAAUCAUCAACGAGUCACAUCCCAACAUAAAAGCUUAUGUGGGUGAACUAUCUCCAGUUGUUGUUGUCCCCUAUUUUUUUAAGUCUUCGUCAUUGUAUUGAAGCCUGUGUCAUUCUACAUUGUAUACAUAAGUGUAAAUCACAUAUCCUUUCAAGACAUUAAAAAGACAGCCAUAGAAAAGAGUGAAAUGUUCAUUUCUCUCUUACAGCCCCUGUUCUUUAAAUCUGUAGUUUAUACAUCAUCCAUAUGCAGACAGCACAUCUAGCCAUUGAAGGUUCAUUUAACUGUGCCCUAACAACUUUCAAAAUGCCUUUUCAUUGUCUGGUUUCCAUUGGAAACAUUAAGGUCCAAGUUCAGUUGGGUUUCUUUCUGCUUGGUCUUUAUAUAUCAGUGGCCAUGAUACAGUGGAUACAAGGCAUGGAAGCUACUGAAAGAAAUGGGUACCUCAUGCUAGUGACAGGAAGGAAGAAAAAAAUGUGUGUAAAUCAUGAAAUGAUCGAAACUGUAUUGGCCUGUGUGGUGCUUAGCCAGCCUGGAACAAACAUGUAGGGACCUCUGGACUAGUCACUGUGUACAACAAAACAGAGCACAAGGUUACUCUUUAAUUCCAAACUGCUGCUAAUGUAUAUUUGGCUCAAAAAUUAAAAAGGGAAUAUGUGGAAAUACAAGUGUUUCCAUGUUUUGCUGCCUCUCAACACAAAAAUGAAAUUGAAUGCCAAAAAACAAACAUUUUGUUGUAUAAUUCAGUACAAAUAACACUAGUGGUGAGAUGAUUUUAAAAGUGAUUCUUUGUUUUGAUAUAAUGAAUAAAUGUUUCAGAAUUGUAUAAUAUGUGUAGGAUUUCACAGCAAUCAUCAGGUUCAUUUUAUGUCAAUGUGUUAAAACGAACCUGAGGUUUGCUUAAAGGUUUACAAUAUACUUUGGUUUGCAGGAGGAACAUGGUUAUGCUUUAGGGGAAAAAUUCAGCUGUCUGUUGAUGAUAUGUAGACAUUAGAAAUCUUAUCUUUAAUUCUAUCUGCAUAUGGUGAAUUGAUGAAAAGAUUCUGGACUGCAAGGUACAAGAUAAGCAAAAACAUUGCAUAAAAAAAGAUUUUAGCAAAUGCCCUCAUCAUUAUUCUGUUCUGUAUCAUUCUGACAGUGUUAAAACUGGAUCCCAAAAUCAUGUAAUUCACAAAUGUUCAAAAUUAUGUAAAUAUAUAUCCCUCUUUUUUUUAGAUUAAAAUAAAGAUGAGUCAUUCAAAACCAA